CGUUUAAUAAUCAACAUUCUGCAACCUUCUUGCAUGUUCUAGAGCACAAUCGACAUAUGGUCUUCAAAUUCCAUAAUCCCCACAAUCUUGUUUUCCUGUGAAUUCGUCUAUCAAUCGGCGUUCUCGAUAGCAGAUUCCUAAUGGAGACAUCAAAAGAUUCAACAAUAAUGGAUGUGAGGUCUGUCGUUGAAGCUGUUUCUACGGACGAUGAUGACGCCCCUGUGUAUCAGGUUGAGAGCCUCUGCAUGCGGUGCGGUGAAAAUGGGACAACGAGAUUCUUGUUGACUUUGAUUCCGCACUUCAGGAAGAUCUUGUUGUCAGCCUUUGAGUGUCCUCAUUGUGACGAAAGGAACAAUGAGGUGCAGUUUGCUGGUGAGAUACAGCCCCGAGGUUCUUGCUAUCGCUUGGAAUUCUCAUCAGGUGAUCAAAAGAUGCUUAAUCGACAAGUAGUGAAGUCUGAAACUGCUACAAUUAAGAUUCCGCAACUGGAUUUUGAGAUUCCUCCAGAGUCGCAACGUGGAUCUCUAUCAACAGUGGAAGGAAUUUUGGUCCGAGGUGUGGAUGAAUUACAAGCACUUCAAGAAGAAAGAAAGAAAGUUGAUCCUCAGACUGCUGAGGCUAUAGAUGAGUUUAUACAUAAACUAAGAGCAUGUGCAACAGGAAAUUCAUCUUUUACCUUCAUACUGGAUGAUCCCGCUGGCAACAGCUUUAUAGAGAACCCGUAUGCUCCAUCUCCUGAUCCUUCAUUAACUAUUGAUUUCUAUGAGAGAACGCCCGAGCAACAAGCCUUGCUGGGAUAUCUUGUUGACCAAUCACAAACGACAGAACAUGGGAACGAUGCAUCAUCAAACAAUCAAACAUCCCAACCCCAUGGAUCAGUUGGAGCAGUUGCUGGCCGACGAGCUAUUGCUCAGGGUAAUAAUGCAGAAUUUGCAGAAGCUCUGUUUCGCUAUACUGCACCAGAAGAGGUGAUGACUUUCCCAUCAACAUGUGGUGCCUGUGCUGUUAGGUGCGAGACUCGAAUGUUUGUGACCAAGAUUCCUUACUUUCAAGAAGUCAUUGUGAUGGCAUCUACUUGUGAUGCUUGUGGCUACAGAAAUUCUGAGUUGAAGGCAGGUGGGGCUAUACCUGCAAAAGGAAAGAGAGUGACCCUGUUGGUGAAACAUGUUGAAGAUUUAAGCCGUGAUGUGAUAAAGUCGGAUACUGCAAGUGUAAAGAUCCCAGAGAUCGAUUUGGAGCUUGCAGGUGGCACCUUAGGAGGUCUUGUGACAACUGUAGAAGGUUUGAUCACCAAGAUCAGUGAAAGUCUUGAAAGAGUACAUGGGUUCACUUUCGGAGAUAGUCUUGAUGAGGAUAGAAGAAGCAGAUGGCUGGACUUCAGAGCAAGACUUGUCAAGGAGGAACUCUCUCUCACAGCUUGUCCACCACAGCAACCUGCUAUAGGGUAUGCCUUUGAGGAGCCUCAUGGAAAUUCAAGAUAAAUUUUUUAUGUUUUAGCAGUAUUUAAAUAUGGUCUCGAAUCAAUUUCUCUUUACAUUUCUAUCGUUAGAUGGUUGAUGGAAUAGCAAUGGAAAGGUAAAUUAUGCCAUUCCAUGAUCUGAAUGUAGAAAAGGGACCCUCUUGGAAACAGAACUACUAAAAUGGGACUUGAAACUUAGAAUGGCUAGUAAUCUUAUUAAUGGUUUCUUGCACAAAUAUUUAGCAUAUUAGGCUAAUACAUGUAUCCAUGCAUCCCAAGCGUCCCUAAAUAUAGUGGUGUAGGUUUUAUUGGUUUCAAUUUCAGAAGGUAACUGAGGGCUUCUUAGGAAUCUCAAGCCGUUUCUACUUUUUUCUGAACACCAGAUUUCUGUCUUCUCAAUCCCUCACUAUAAUUCCCUUGUCAAGAAUUUCCAUAUCUUUUUCCUUCCCAAUCGUAUAUUGUUCACUUUAUUCUUCUUCCCCUUCAUAUUAUAGUCUGCAUUUUGAGCGCUAGGUUGAAUUAUAUCUUCCAUCUUAGAUAAUCAUCCUUUCUCUGUGUGAAACUUAAGAUUGGCAAUCUCUCUAGUGUUAUCUUGGAAACAAUCAUUCUCUACUAUUAGAUGCAUAGUGGCAUGAUUUACUUCUGAACAAUGUCUCAGAAAAUUCAUAGGGCGAAUACAUUGUCAAACCACUAGUGACUUGUGAUAACGAACAUCCUAUAUAUAUAUAAGUGGAGGUUCAAAUGAGAACACCUUCAUUUUGAGAACCCCCUUAUCACUUGUGAUAAUACACGUGAGGGGACCUGGUGGUGUGCGUUCAACUUGGGCUGUGACCUUCGGUCGCCCGUGUCUUUGAUUUAGUAUCACUUGGGAUGGACUAGGGCAUCACAUGUGAUUGACUAAUAGUAAAACGGUGUUCAAUUUUGAACCCUUCCUUAUAUAUUUACAUAUAUUAAGGCAGUAGAAAAUGUUCAAUUAAAUAUUUGUAUCGAAACAUUAAUUUGGGCAUGCAUUAACUGACGAAAUAUAAACACACACAUGUACUUAUCCAUAUGCAUAAUACAUUAUAGAAACUUGUAUCGUAUGUACAGAAUAUACAAUAAAACCACUAAGAUAUCAUCUUAAUCAAGAGCUAAAGACAAAGCAAGUUGUUCAUACUCAGUUAGUACAAAAUGAAGCAACGAUGGAGAUAAAAUUUAUUAGUGGCAGAAAAAAGGCGAAAAUGGUGGUGAUAGUAGAAUGCUGCAGGUAGCCUUCCCUAAUAGGAUAGAAAGAAAUUGUCUUCUAAAGAAAUGUGUCUCGUGUUGCAUGGUGAAAAAACAUUUUGCCCAACUCUCCUCCUAAGUGACGAUCCAUUUCUUGAAGAGAUCAUUUAAGUGACCCCUGGUCACCAGCUUCAAGUUAGUAUUUUGUAUCUGGCUUAUGGGGAUUAAACCAAUUUUUGGUUUCUUUGUUAAGUGAUGACCUGUAAAAUUGGCGGGGUACAGUUAAGUUCUAAAAGUUGCUUCUAGAAGGUGACAAGGCAUAGUUUCCGACACCACCAUUUUUCCUUGCUCAUAGGAGCAGAUAUUUUUCUGUGUAGUGUAUACCAUUUCAAACUCGAUAUAUAAAAUUUCAUGGGAGAGAAUGUAUGUUUCUGGAAUCAUGUUAAAGGUUUGGAUAGAAGAACAUAUCACAUCCUUAUGCAUCAAGUCAUGGUAAAUUCGUAGCGACAGUCAAUGAAGGAACCAGUGAUUUUGUUUGGGCUGGAGAAAGUAUCAUUUACAACUACAUCUUUUUGUCAGUGAAGGAUAGGGAUACUCACAACAUAACUCCAAGAUCCCCCAACUUUCCUCAGUACUGAUGCGAAGAGUCUGACAAAGAACUGUUAAAGACGCCUGAAGAUAUUGCUUUAGGUGCAUCUAUUAGAGGAGAAAACAGUUUCUGAAAAGCCUUACUUAAACAGUUCAUAGGACCUUGGUGAAUGCAAUGACAUUGAAACUUUUGCAUGUAUAGGGAGAAAGACCAUAACUUUUUUUGACUUUGUUCUUUCUUGAUGAAGAAAAGCAUAUCAGAGAUCGUAAUAGCCUGUAUACCAUCAGAAGCUCAUUAAAUUGCAGAAUGAUGCUAUGAGCUGGGUACACUUGAUUGAGCAAGCCAAAUUUAUACCAGGGAUGUCUAUGAGACCAUGACUCCCAGUAUACAAACACAUCAUGUGUCAGCUGCUAAAGACUUCUUCCAGCUGGUGGACUAGGUUGAAAUUGAAUAUCAACAUGUUAGCAUGUUGGUG